CUUCCGGUUCUAUUCCGGCUGGUUUCCCGCUGCCAGCCUCACGGCUCUGACUGGAGACGCGGGGUCCAGAGGCUCCGUUCCUCCGCAGAGCCCCGCUGUCUUCAGGUUGGUCGGAUCGAGAUGUCCUCUUUUAUUCAUCCCGGCCGCUGAGCGCCGAGUCCGGGAGGCUGCGGGCGGCGCCGCCGGCUGGCACCGCCGUCCCCGCCCGGACGGCUCCUGCUCGGCGGGGAGAGCUGCUGGGAAACAGGCGGCUGGUUGUUUCCCUCUGGAUUAAAACCGCCCUGCUUUACGUUGGUGGAUAUUUCUUUAUCUGGAGACAACAGACCCGUGAUCAGCAUAAGCCUGAGUUGUUAAAUUUUUGAGUUCUGGACCUGGAUUAGGUUCGGAAGGAGGAGGGGAGACCAGAGCGCUCCGUCCCCGGGCUGCCGCCGCGUCCGGCCCGCUGGGAUGAGCUCACUACGGGGCUGAGCGUCCAUUGGACCGACGACCUUUCUACCUCAGAAGUCAGUUUACUGGACACCGUGUGGUGUAAACGGUGUUUACGGACAUGGCCGAGUCCAGCUGCCGGGCUGCGAGUCCGGGCUGCGAGUCGAAGAGGCGGACGCAGCAGAGCACGCUGGGCCACUGCUUCAGGAAAGUCACCCUCACCAAGCCGACCUUCUGCCACUGCUGCAGCGACUUCGUCUGGGGUCUCAUCGGCUUCCUGUGCGAAGUGUGUAACUUCAUGUGUCAUGAGAAAUGCCUGAAGACGCUGCGGACGGCGUGCGCCUGCAUGGCUCCGUCUCAGGUUCAGGUGCCAGUAGCUCACUGCUUCGGCCCGGCCGGUCAGAAGAAACGUUUCUGCUGCGUGUGCAGGAAGCAGACGGAGGGAAGCACGGCGCUGCGCUGUGAAGUGUGUGAGCUACAUGUCCACGUCGACUGCGUCCCCUUCAGCUGCGCAGACUGUCGCUGCUGCCACCUGGACCAGAACCUGCAGCAGGAGUCGCUGCAGCACCAUUGGAGGGAGGGCGACCCGGCGUCGGCGCGCUGCGAGUUCUGCCGCCGCUCCUGCGGUUCCUCUGAGGUUCUGUCCGGGUUGAGGUGCGAGUGGUGCGGCGUCACGAGCCACGCGUCCUGCUGCCACCGCCUCCCGGCAGAGUGCGGCCUGGGGCGGCUCCGCAGCAUGAUACUGCCACCGCCGUGCGUCCGACUCCAGUCCAGGAACUUCAGCAAGAUGCAGUGCUACCGGAUCGCCGAGAGCGGCAGCCAGGACCGCGAUAACUGGGAUGAAGCCGAACCAGCAGCUGCUGCGUCCAGAGAGCUCCAGUCUGCAGCUCCAGAGACCAGUAAGCUGGUCGUCAAGGUGUUUGACGGCGAUGAUGCGUUGAGGCGCGGCUUCUUCCGAUUGGUUCCCAGCUGCCGAGGCGUGAAGAACGAGGAAGUGGAGGCGGCGCUGAGGGCCUUCUACCUGCCCGGCGAGCCUCAUCACUUCCACCUGGAGAACGGCGCCGCCGUGCAGCGUCACCAUAGCGGCGACUUCCAGAACGCCGGCGACGCCAGGGUGCUGAGGGCUAAGCUACGGCGUGAUGAUGUCAUCAAGGUGCACGCUGCAUGGAGCAGGUGGAGUGUGGCGUCAGUGGAAGUGUCCGAGACGAGCACAGCGGCGUCCGUCCUGAGCGACGCUCUGCUGCAGCUGGACAGACAGGGCGAAGACGCGUCCAGCUUCAGUCUGCAGGAAGUCUGCAUGAGCAGCAAGCAAGUUCAGAGACAAACCCUGAGUCCUCAGGAGAAGAUGUUGGAUAAACUGCAGGAGAUCAGGAAACUCUCCCUGCGACAGAUGAACCAGACCCGUUUCUAUGUAGUCCAGAACCGGAACCCGGCUUUGCAGGUCGGCCUCCUGAUCACAGAACUGCCCCCCCUGCUGACCAAAGAGGAGUACUGCGGCCUGCUGGAGGAACAUCUGGACUUCAAGGAUCACCUGGUUGCACUAACUCACCUCUAUGAAGCUCAAGGUGCUGUGGCUCUGCAGAUUAGCUGCUUCGCUGAAGCAGAGAGGAUCUACAUGUUGGCUAAAGACACAACCAUCAGCAACAAGACGCUGACAUCACUGAUCAUACCUGAGAUCCAGUGCCAGAAGCUGGGGGACGCAGUCUGCCUGCUGGUGUUCGUGAACCCGAAGAGCGGCGGGCUGAAGGGCAGAGAGCUGCUGCACAGCUUCAGGAAGCUGCUGAACCCCCACCAGGUGUUUGACAUCACCAACGGAGGCCCGCUGGCAGGCCUCCACGCCUUCAGGGAGGUUCCCAGGUUCCGGGUUCUGGUCUGCGGCGGCGACGGCACGGUGGGAUGGGUUCUGGGGGUUCUGGAGACCGUGAGGCACAAGCUGGUCUGCCGCGAGCCGCCCAUCGGCAUCGUUCCUCUGGGAACAGGGAACGACCUGGCCCGGAUCCUGCGCUGGGGGCCGGGUUAUGGCGGCGACGACCCUCACCACAUCCUGGUGUCGGUGGACGAGGCGGAGGAAGUCCAGAUGGACCGCUGGACCAUCCUGCUGGACGCGCAGGACGUCUCAGAGGACGGGAAGGACAGCGGCGUCCUGGAGCCACCCAAGAUCGUCCAGAUGAAUAACUACUUCGGCCUCGGCAUCGACGCCGAGCUCAGCCUGGACUUCCACCUGGCCCGGGAGGGAGAACCCGACAAAUUCACCAGCAGGUUCCACAACAAAGGCGUUUACGUGAAGGUGGGUCUGCAGAAGAUCAGCCGCAGCCGCAGCCUCCACAAGGAGCUGCAGCUGCAGGUGGACAAGCAGCCCGUCCCGCUGCCCAACAUCGAGGGCCUCAUCUUCCUCAACAUCCCCAGCUGGGGUUCUGGAGCCGACCUGUGGGGGUCGGAGGCCGACGGCCAGUUCUCCAGGCCCGGGAUCGACGACGGCCUGCUGGAGGUGGUCGGGGUCACCGGGGUCGUCCACAUGGGCCAGGUCCAGAGCGGGCUGCGCUGCGGGAUCCGGAUCGCCCAGGGAUCCUACAUCCGCCUCAUCGUCAGCAAAGAGCUUCCUGUCCAGGUGGACGGCGAGCCCUGGCUGCAGGCGCCGGGACACAUCAUCAUCUCUGCUGCCGGACCCAAGGUCCGGAUGCUCAGGAAGUCCAAGCAGAAGCAGAGGAAGUCUCCGUCCUCCAGAGACGGGGGACACUGACCGGACCGGACCGCCGGUUCUGCGUCUGCAGCUGCUUCCUGCCAAAGCCGGGAGGUCGGGUCGGGUCCGGUCCGGUCCAGUUCCGGUGGCUGAGAUUCCACUCACGUAGCUUUGUAGCCACAGAUCCACAGGAAGACAGACGCAGGAUGAAGGUUCCACUUCCUGCUGAGUAAGAGGAGGAGGUCAAAGUUCAUUCCUGCUCCUAAAACAAAAAUAGUCAUUCAGGACGAGUGAGGAGAAGAACCGGGUUCAUCGGGUUCGAGGGGAACCAGAACCGCU